AUGAAUGCGCGACUUCUUGCACUACUUGGUGCAGCAGCAGCAGCAUUAGCGCAUAAGACGUCGGCCGUCACGACGUGUCCUGUGUUAGUACAGUCGGAGAUUACGUCGACACUUGCAGACCCGAUUACAAAAAUAAUCUUGACGCCUUCUAGUUCCACUGACAUUGAUGAUACACCGUCGUCAUCGUUGACCUCUGGGUCGGGUGCUGAUUCGCCGGAUGCUAAUGAUAGUCAGAACGAAGAAGUAGGCAGCACUUUUUCCGAUGUGUCCACAAGUGCUGGAUCAAAUGAUAAUGCUCCCACGGAUACAACAACAACAACCAAUAAAGAUAGCAAAGAUUCCGCUGAUGUCUCUUCACCUCCGGAAACAACUGAUAACACCACUCCAUCGGCCACACCCGAGACUUCAUCGGCCACACCCGAGACUCCAUCGUCCAAAUCUGACACUCCAUCGUCCAAAUCUGACACUCCAUCGUCCAAAUCCGACACCCCAGCGUCCACGCCCGACACCCCGGCGACGAUUCAAACGCCAACGUCCAGUACAAAAGUGUCUACUCCCAUUACGGAUAGUGUACUUAAUACAACCCCGACGACAGAAUCGACUUCACCACCUUCUGCUCCUGCUACUGCUCCUGUUACAGCUCCUGCGCUUACAACGACGGCUUCAGUGACGGCUCCGACGAUAUCAAAAUCUUUGGAAACUGCGGCAGUUAGCACCGUUUCUCCACCUUCAACUGAUCGCAAACUCCAAGUUACGACUAUAACCCCGACAGCUAUACAACCGACGACAGAAACGAUCGGUGCAACGGGCACAGCGGCUACGACUACAGCAAUUCCUGUGGUCGGUACGACCGGUACAACCGGAACGCCGACGACUGGAACGCCGACGACUGGAACGCCGACGACUGGAACGCCGACGACUGGAACGCCGACGACUGGAACGCCGACGUCUGGAACGCCAACGACUGAAACGUCGACGACUGGAACGCCGACAACUGGAACGCCGACGACUGGAACGCCGACGACUGGAACGCCGACAACUGGAACGCCGACGACUGGAACGCCGACGACUGGAACGACUACGACUGGUACGACUACGACCGGAACGACGCCGGAGGGGCUGGCCCAAACGGAUACAACGGCUGAAAAUUCUAGUUUAGCGUCUGAUACAAGUGGCUCUCCUACGUCGAAAACGAGCAGUCUGCUGUGUGACAGUGCUUUUUACUUGAAAUGGGACACGUUGGGUCUAAAGUGCGGUGGUUUAGGUAUCGAUGUGGCCUCGGCCGUGUCAGCCUCGAGCUGCGUGAUUUACAGCGGAAGUGUCGGCAGCACCUCUGGCUCUACGUGCGUUUCGAUCUGCUCAUUCCCUACGUGCAAAGACAAUGCAUGGGUGUACGGCGCUGAAAACGGUAUCUCGUCGUCUGUCUACAAAGGUUUGAGCAUCAAAGCGUUUCUGCCGAGUGAUGUGAUUGCGGCCAUGGAGAACCGGUCGUCAAAGGUGUCGACGGUCUUGUCAAAUUCGACAAUAUCAAAUUCAGAGCAGUGCACGUAUUCGUCAGAAGACUCGUUCUCAUCGUGCUCAUGUUCAGCUAUGCUUGUGGAUAUCUCGAGCUCGGGGAGCGAGGCUGACGCCGUGAAAAAGGAGUUGCGUCAGCAAGAUGAGGAAGAAGGUGUCAUAACGAAGGACCGUACAACAACUGCCGGCACGGUGGUAGCGGCAACGUCUAAAAGUGUUGCUGGUGUGACUGUUGUGGUCACGGGCAUUGCUGCUAUUGCUAGUGCGGCUGUCGGUGGAGUGAGCUCUGCGGGUGCGUCAUUUGCAGCGGCCGGCUCUACGAUGGCCAUCACGACAGUCGAGCUUUGCCAAUUUGGCGUUAUGAUUAACCAGCUUCAGCUUGAUGGCAAGUCGUCGGCUGUGACACACCUCGGCAAGGCGAUGGCCCCUAUGGCGUUCUUGUUCUUGCCGUUUGGCAAACUUAACGAGACCAAAUCGGACAGCUUAGGCAGCGGCAACUUGUCUGGCGACCCUGCUGGCCGUCGGCUGUCUAGUACCAGCGAGAACGGCAGUUCUUCUACGAGUCAGCUCAAUGGUAUCGAAAAAUAUUCUCGCCAACUAAACGUCCAGGAAGACAUGCUGUUUAUUGUGACGCUGGCUGGUGUUUUCUGUAUGAUGGCCUGCGUUGUGGGUUUAUUCGGCAUUGGAUACCUGCUUUCUGGCCUUAUGAUGCCUCGUGAACAGUAUCUGGCCAACUUUUUUGACAAAAUGAUCGGUCUCGAGGUGCUCGUGGCUGUUCUAUCGCAGUACACUGUGGGUGUGACGGCCACGUUCCAGAUCUACUACUCGACGAAAUACGAGAGCAUCAUGGAUCCAAAAUGCCUGUUGGCUAUUGCUGCAAUUAUUUUUCUCGCUGCUGGCAUUCUCGUGUAUGGAUACAUCGUUAUAAAGAAGCACGAGGCUGACAUUGCAGAUGUCGGUACAGUGCAGCACAUGAAGAAGACGGUUAACAUGCGUUACGGCCCUCUGUACGAGGAGUACAAAUUCAAAAACCGCUACUUCUUUGCUGCUAAGAUGAUGCUGGCGCUGACAACCGGUGUAGUUACUGGCUGUGCGAGCAUGUCGGGCAAGGCGCAGAUCGCUAUCAUUCUCGCGUUGAACGUGGCGUUCUUUUUCUAUUUGGAAAUCCAGUCGCCACACCACUCGAAGUUCGUUCAGACCACCACGAGCUUCGUGUCUAUCAUGAAAAUUGCCGUGCUUGUGCUGACGUUCUUCCUGGUUACCGCUGCUACUAGUGAUGGCUUCCCAACCAGUCUGCAGAACGGCAUCUCGUUGGCCAUUGUGGGGCUCAAUCUGUUCGUCCUGGCUUUGCUUAUGAUCAGAUCGUUGUACUCGUUUUGGCAAAAGUUGAAGCUGCAGCGUAAUGCCGCGUACGACCAGGAAGAGCAGACUGCGCAGGACUACUUUAAAGACGAGACGCCCGCUGGACACAAGGACCAUGUUCUCAGUAACGCCCAGCAACCUUCUGGCCCACCGGUUCUCCACUCCCAGACCCAGAACUUGAACAAUAACCACAGCCCAUACGUCCAGGGUAACGCUGACGUAGACUACAACAGCGCUGACGAGAUCCGUCUGCGGUCAGCCACUCACGAGAAUAACGAUCGUCAGCAGACGUACGACGCCAGCGGACACGCGGCUGCCAACCACUACAUCACGGAAGAUCAGAACGUGUACGGGCAGCGUCGUAACGAUGUUGUGGAGCUGUAG